AAAAAAAUGAAACAAUCAUAAUUUCCUGAAAUCAACUCAUUUUGCUACCGUGACGCACAAUUUUUCAGAUUAUUAUCAAUUUUGUUCCAAUUUGGGUGUUCCUCAAGGUUUAUUCGUUGAAAUCAAUAAUGUCGAAAUGAAAUUGUUGCUGUUUCACGCUAUCGUUCGUUCUACUGAUGCCAAUCCAUCACACAUAUCGCAAUGUUCAUGCGAUAAGUUGUCUUAAGUUGCAAAAAAAUCGGCCCCGCUGUUUAGCAAACGUGAUGAAAUCAGUUUCAGUACAGUGAUUCUGGUGAAACAAUAUGUAUUGAUAUCAGUUUUCUUUUUAAAAGGAGUCACAGCAUUUUAUGUUGCUCUCUAUGUGAAUUUCGGUGCCAUUCUGGAUUGGCAGAAAAUUAAAAUGGUUCUAAAAAAUCCGAUCGGACCAAGCCUUGGAUUCUUUUGCAACUUUGUAUUUUUACCGCUGUUAAGCUGUGUCCUCGGUUUGUUAUUAUUUCCGGAUAAUGUUGAAAUACGAUUUGGUCUCUUUGCAACUGGGAUCAGUUCGAUGGGUGUAUCGUCCAGCCUUUGGUCAGUGAUUUUAACCGGAAACGUUGAAUUAUCAAUUAUAGUGAAUGUAUUGAACACUAUUUUGGCUUAUGGUACAACACCGUUUUGGCUAUUUAAGCUUGGUACAUCAAUAGUUGAUAGCGAAAAUUUCGGAGUUCCGUAUAACUUGAUUACACAAUACAUCUGUUUCUCCUUCAUUCCGCUUCUCGUUGGUAUAUUCAUCCAAUACAUUUUUCCACGUGCUUCGGAGAUAUCGAAGCCAAUUCUGCUGGGAAUCACGUUCCCAUUUAUGAUCUUCAUCAUCAUUGUGUCGAUCAUGAGAGGUGCCCAUGUUUUUUCGAUGCCAUUUUCCGAUUCAUGGAAGUUUGUUUUAGCUGGACUUUGUCUGCCGAGUUUGGGAUAUUUGGUGGGUUGGUUCCUUUCACGCGCAUUCAAGCUUCAAGAAGAGGACAGUCUAAUGGUUGCUCUUAGCGCAAUUAAUAUACAUUCCGUCAUCGCCAUUACUCUCUUCAAUUUCAUUGCCCAGCCGCAAAGAGAACUGGCUGUACUAUUUCCAAUCUCAGCUAUCAUACUGUCACCAAUUCCAGUAUUGAUUCAUUUUGUUUACAAUAAACUUGCUGUGAAGAAGUUAUGAUUUUUAGAAGGAAUUUAUAAAUUCUUAAUACGUAAAUGUACAAUUUGAUAUUCUA